AUGUGCCUGUCUGCGCCUCCUGUCGAUGAGACGAAUGUUAAGUUCAUCGGCGUGAAGCCCGCCGCCGAGAAGCCCGCCGAUGAAUCUCCCGAGUCGCCGACAAACUCAGAGCAGGAAACCCAAGUGAGUGAACCCGACUCACAGAGCACUACGUUGCCCGUCGAUUCCAGCGAUGGUGGCUCCUUCACUCCGGCAGAUGUGUCCUCGGCUAGUAUCGAUGUGGAGAUCGGCUGCAAGACCGAGGAGGAUGCAUAUGAAGAGUGCCCCAGCAUUUGGACCUGGCGAACUUGUGGCCUUCCAAUCGGUGCCUUCUUCCUUGCUUUCCUGAACUCUGUUGCGUCCAGUGUGGGCUACGGAUUUUUUCUGGGCUACAUGGGCUUGGACUCCUACGUCGUGCUGUCCAUCAAUGCCCUCAUGAAGCUUCCGCAGGUGCUGCUUCUCCCCUUCGGCAUGCUGAACGACUGCCUCCCCAUUUUCGGCAAGCACAGGAAGCCCUACUUUGUGGCAUCAUGGAUGCUGUGUGGAACUGCGCUCUUGGCGAUGAGCGUAAGGCCGCUUCCUGAGCCAUACUACUGUCAGCUUCCUGAUGGCACCUUUGACAUCAUGUCACCACCGUGCAAUCCCGGAAUCCAUGCAGAGAAAAAUUGGUAUCUCUUCCCGAUGCUCGCUCUCGUUGCAGGUGUGCAGAUGGGCUGCGUCGCGGGUGAGGGCCUUCUGCUGGAGUACUCCCUGCACGAACCCGAGGAGACUCGGGGGAAGAUGAAGGCCGAGUUCUCAAUGGUGACCAUGGGUGGUGCGCUCGCUUCUUCCGCAUUCGUUGGGGUCUUCAUGAAUGGCAAGGAGUACUUGGGCACCUUCGACUGGAGCUUGUCAUUCCGCAGUCUGAUGAUUGUCUGCUUGGUGAUCGCCACCUGCGUGAUCCCCCUCAGCCUGCAGUGCGUCUACGAACCCAAGAAGGUCCAGCGCCCAUCCUGCUGUGCACAUGUGAAAUCCUCCUGGAAGCUGGUCAAGAAGAAAGGCCUUUCCACUGUGCUGCUCUUCGCAUUCAUCAUGCAGUUCUUUUCCACCGUCUCGACCACUGCUGGGCCCAUGGUCCGCAGCCAGUGGGUAGGGGUCAAGGUCUUGCAGCAGCAGAUGUUCAUGAUGGGCAGCAUGUUGGUCAUGAUGAUGGCAACUUGGGUGUACAAGGAGUACCUCCUCCAAUUCUCCUGGCGAAAGGCAAUCCUCUUUGCAGUCGUUGGGGUGACGAUCUCCGACUCCAUCCCGAGCUUCCUCGCAAUUUUCGGUGUGGUUCGGAACCAGUACUUCUUCCUGGGGGAGGACGUGCUUGGUGCUGUGCCCACCACGGCUCUCGCCUUGGUCUUGAACUUGAUUGUCAUUGAAGUGGCAGAGCCUGGGCGUGAAGGUCUCUGCUACGGUCUCGUUGGGACGGUGAUGCAUGCCAGUCAGCCCAUCUCCACAGCUGUGAGCAACCAGGUCUUCGGCCUCUUCCAGCCAAACCUGUCCGACCCACGCAACUACCUCGCGGACACGCCCAGUUUCAGGAACACUGUGGCCUGGUCCUUCGUCCUUGCGUACGGUGCCUCGAUGCUCGGUCUCUGCGCAAUUCCCUUGAUUCCAAUGCAGAAGGCUGAGGCCCAGAGACGCAAGAAGGAGUGGAGCUCCAGUACGACAAUGGCUAUCUUGGUGUUGGGUAUCCCUGCUCUGUGCCUGCCUUACGGUGUUGCUGUCCUGCUGCUGAGCUCGCAGCCGGAGACAGCAUGCCUGCGCUGGAUUGGUGGCCCCGGCUGCGUGUAA